AUGAACUGUGGCGCUAAUAGUAUACAGAUUCUCUGAACAUCGCAAUCGGCCAGGAUGCCACCGAAAAAGAAUAAAGAAUCAGAGGUAAGGUUUUCUAUACUUGGAAACCAACACAUCGAUAGCUAGAUCUAGCAGCUGAUUAGAAAAAUCAAGCUCUAAAUGUGACAAAUACUGCAAAACUCGGUAUGGAAUUUCCAUGCACAUGUGCGCUACACUGUACUUAUCAGUGUUUCAUAUGCCACGCAACAUGUCGCAAAAAAUUUGGUUUGAAUGUAUAAAUUUUCUUUGAUUUUAAAAAAAGAAUCAGAAAGUAUUUUUGAUUUCCUAUUUAAUGUUUGUAAUAGGAAAAAAAUUGUAAGUCUGAUUACUCAUCAAAUCGCGUGAUUUUUUUUUUAUCGCGAUUUCAAGUUGCUUGACUACCAUGUUACAACUGAGGUAUUUUGAUUUUUUAACGCUCUAUUUUUCGUUAAACUUUAUGAUGGUUUUGCUAUGAAUCAAAACAAAUAAAAAAACUUCUUCUUUUAUGAUGAAAUCAUUUGGAAAUCCAUAGAGAAAAGAAUGAACGUAAUUAAUUUAAUCAGCGACAAUUAUCAGAUAUGUUCUGGAUGAUAUAAUGAAUUAAAAUUAUGAUAAUUUAUUUAGAUAUCAAUGUAGCCACGGCUAUUUGUUCCAGCGAGUGACUGACUUUUAAUUUCUCCUUAAAGUUUCACCCUUGAAUCAAAUGUAAAUGUCACAAGAAUAAAGGAAAUGAUCACCAAUUUAAGAAGCUCCUGACUGUCAAACAAAUUCUCCUUUUCAGAAUCAUUGGAAUGUAAAGAGAACAGUGUGGAGAAUUUGAACACUGAUGUUAGGUUGUAGACCUCCCUUUUCUUCCCUCAAACAAUUUCACUUUUCAAUAUCAGAUGGCUUCUUAGAAACUUCUAGAGUAUCCUUAGAACCCAUCAUGAUUGUUUUAAUGUUGGCUAAAUCCUUGUAAUAUUUAUCCACAUUGCAAAUGGUAAUUUAGUCUUGAUUCAGGAAUGCAAUGAUAUUUCUGGCUUAUCCCUAUGAACCACUCCAUUAAAUACUGCAUGUAAAAAUGAAUCAUUGUUUAUCUGAUCCUGAAGAGACUGUGAUCUAGCAGUUGAAAAGGGCAAGAUUAUACAUAGUACCCAAAAAUAAUAUUGUUGUGGAUCAUUUAUUUAAUAUUUGCAAAGGGAGGCAAAGGAAAAGGAAAACGCCCUGCAAAGAAAAACACAGCUGAUGAUGGUGAACCCAAAUCUAAAAAGGCAAAGAAUGCGGAUGUUGAAUCUGAAGAAUCCAUUGAGGAUGGGCAGGACGAUGGGGAUAUCGACUAUGCAUGUGCAUCUACCAGCAAGUAAGUGACUUAUGAUAUUAUCUGAUUACCCAGUAGAUGCUGCAGUGAUGGUAUUUUGAGUGAAACCACUGAAAAACUAAAGCUUAUUGAUGGAAAAUCCAAUAACCCAGUUUUAGUUCUCAAUACAUCUUACUAGUUAAAGCUUUUUGAGAAAAAUUGCUGGACAGUUUUGCUGACUUUGGGAAAUGACUGUAUUCCUGCAUGCAUGGGUGGAGUUUCUUAACUGAGAACUCCUGAAAAGACACAAAAAGUUUUAAGAACAGAACUACACAGUACGAUUAUUCUCUAUUCAGGUGAGAAAUCAAAACAGUGCUUUCAUUUAGGCUAUCAAAUAUGAGAACCAGUACUCUUUACUAUCAAUUCUGAUUGAGCUUUUCAGAUAGUCUAUCUGCUGUACCUUGGGUGGAAGAAAACAAUUAGAUAAAAAGCAACAGAAUAAAUUUUCAAUGGCAGUGUCUGAUGUGAUGUAUGUGCUCUUAAUAAUUGGUUGCCAUAGUGAUAAAGAAUUAGAAUUUGCCUAUGGUUAAGUUUUUUCUCUCUUUAUAUACAUUGCUUUAAAAUAUUUGAUUUGCAUCAUUAUUUUUAUUAAAAAUUGUCAUCUUUGUAGGAAGUGGAAUUUUAAAAUUUCAUCUUGGAAUGUUAAUGGAAUCCGAGCUUGCCUGGUAAGAACACUGUAUAAAUCUGCAUUUAUGUUUUGUGUAAUGUUUACUAGCAAGAGGUAAUAGUCAUUCAGUUGCAGAGGCUUCCAAAGUUACUGUUAAUAUUAUAAAAAUGCACCUGAAGGGUAGUGACUGUGCAAGAUGCAGGUUAGUAUCACAAAGUUGCAGUUGUAGACUAAAAUUAAGAAAUGUCCCAUAUGUUCACAGAAUAUAGACUGAAAUACUCUGGCACCUUGUCUAAUUAUCAUCUAUUACCACUUUCUUUUUAUAAACCGAAUUUUGUCUCGCAAUCAGAUUAUAAUAAUGUAAUUGUUGUAUGAUCCAUACAGCCCUGCAUCUGUAAUUCCAUAGAAAACCUUAGUGAAAGAUGAUGGGUAUAGUGCUGGGUGGGUUGACAUGAGCCAGUCUAGAAACAGCUGUCUGGCCUUGCACUCAGAGGCUUUGUUGCUAAAAAAUUAAAGAAAAGAAAUAAAAGAGAGUUAAAGAAGUUGCAUUUUUUGCUGGUUUGUGUUUUUAUUGUUCUGACUUAAAAAAACAAAGGAAAAUAUUUAUUGUAGAAUCUUUUUUGUCGGUUUUGGUGAGUGCCAAUAUGUUGUAUCCUAUUUAAGCUGAGACAAAAUUUUUGAAAUUUUCAACAUUUAGUGGUCAUGUGAUAAAAUGCUUAUUGACUGAGUUUGAUUGGCCUCAUGGGAAAAUAUUUGGCUCUUGAGUUUAGUUCUCUUUUGUGUGAGGACCAGUUAGCUGACGUUUAAGACUCGCAAAGUGUGGAAGGUAAUUUGAUAGGUAUCUCAAUAUCUUUGGUAUGAAUUUUUUUCCUUAUUUUUUUGCAAUAUGUAAAGAGCUACAAGGAUUUGAAUAAAAUACCUAAAUGUGUUACAAAUACUUCAUAGCCAAUUAGUGAAUUGCUUUUGGAUUUCAUUUUCAUUUUUUGUUUCUUUAGAAACAUGGCUCAACAUUGGCUUACAUGAAAAAUGAAGAUGCUGAUGUUUUUUGUAUACAGGAGACUAAAUGCCCAGAGAAAGAUAUUCCAAAGGUCCUUAGUAACCCAAAUUUUACUCAAAUCUGAUACCUAAAGUAUAUAGUUUAAUUAAACCCUUUAACUCCCAAGAACUCUUUAGUAAUUCUCCCUACUGUCUGCAAUAAAAUACUUAUGAUUUAAAUUUGGGGAAUUUGGCAUUGGAUCAAAUCGUAGUCCCCUGAUUGAGUUUUCUUCUUUAUUCUCCUCACUAGUCUGCUUGAUUCUGUGUUGAUAUAGUAAGGAGAAAUUCUGUCUUGGUCACUCAUGGGAGUUAAAGGGUUAGUUGUAAAUUUAAAGGGUGUGUGACUUUUGAUGGGACUUCAAAAUUUUUUGUGUGUUUGCAAGGAAAUACAAGUCAGAGAUGUCACCACCUCUUUGCCUCUGUCCUCAGAGGAGAACUAAUUAGAGAUAAGAAAGGAUAGGCAAGUGAAACCACAACAGGAGAGCCUCAAGAAAACUGACUGCUGUGGGAUCACAUUACUGAAAUGCAUAGAAAACAAUUUGACCCUAUAGAUGAAUAGCAGCAUGUUAUCAAAAUGUUAUUAUUCACAUUGGAAGUGUUGUCAUUCUUAUUUAAAUGAAAAUGCUUUCUUUUGAUAUCAAAUAUGGUGAUUAAUACAGGAGGUGAAAGUUUUUUUUUUUUGAGAUGUCUGCUAGUAAGUGCAAGAAAAUUUGUUGCAGUACAUCUUACUUAUAAAUAUGAUGAAUUUUGUUUCAUAACUUUUAAAUCAUAGAAUGAUUUCACUUUAAUUUUAACUUUAAAUUUUUAUUGAAUGUAUCUUUUUUAAGGAAAUAAAGCUUCCUGGAUAUCAUACCUACUGGGCAGAAGGACAAACAAAGGGGUACAGUGGAGUUGGGUGAGUUUCAUGACUCUUACAUGAAUUCAUAACUUAUUCUACUGUGUGAGUUUAUAGUGGUUUAAUUGGCUUGAGGUGACAAGGAGAAUGUUAUCUCCUUUAGGAUGAGAAGUUUGUCCUUUGCAGGUGACAAAUCUCCACCAUUUCAUCUGCACUGUGAGAAUGCGCAAUGACAUCACCAAUGCUUUACCAGCACAGCAGUCAAACGUAGGUCAUGCGCAAAGGGAUCAAUAUUGGCCGGCUGUGCACAAACUUCCCACGUUAUAUUACUAAGAAAACAUAAAAAACAACUGCUGUCAUGCGAAGAAACACAGAUACGUAAAAUAUGAAAAAGAAAAACUCAAGACUUCUGAUACACAAAGCUUAUUUAAUUACCGGUGUCAAGCUAAUAUAUCAUUUUGCGUGAAAUAAAAAGGUAUACGUUUUUCAAACACCGCGGCUUGCUGGCUUGUGUGAGACAACAUGGUAUUUGAUAGCCUGAAAGCACGCCACCUCGAGGCCACCUCUACAACGUUCACACAUGCGCAGACGUUUGACCUCUGUGUUGGCUUGAUUUGGGAUCUUUUUAUUUGGAGCUCACUGAGCUGACCAACUUUUAGACCGUAGUUUCUUUACCCAUACUGUAUCUAUUGAAUUAAACGCUGCCCUUGAAUAUAUAAACGCUGCCCUCGCAGUAAUGCCGUCCUCCCGUCAACUCAGCAUCGGAAACGCUAGAAAUGUUUUGAUUGCCGUGACAGGUGUUAACUUGCAAAAAUACGGUAAUGCUUCACAAUGUACGUACAGUUGUUUUAUCACUUACAUGGUGGUUAUUGUGUUCCUGCAGACUUUGCAGCAAAGUAAAGCCUAUAAAUGUAUCAUAUGGCAUAGGUCAGUAAAAUGAUAUACAGGUAUUCUUAUUACAAAACUAUACUUGAUAAAUCACUGACAAUAAUAUCAAUAUCUUUUCUUGCUCGAGAAGAAAUGGAUAAUUUUUGAGUCUAUAAAGUGAGACGGUAAGAAGAGGUCCAACUCAUUUUCAAAGUUACUCGACGUUUCCAAACGCGUGCUGAAAAUUUUCCAAGGCAUCUUGAAGAGAUCUGACAUAAACCUUUAAAUGCUUUCCCUUUAAAAUCAGAAGUCUCUGAGAUAUAUUUAUUUAUGUGAAAGUCCUAUAUUUUUAUGUCUGUUUCGAGCUAAGUUCGCUGACAAAUUUUCGAAAUUUGUCAGUCGAGGCUGUGAUGGGGCAAAAAUUUUCGAAGCAGGAGAAAACGUUAAAGGUUAAAACUUUUGAUCUGAGGACAGAGAAUAGCGCUGAAGCCGUGAGAGUUGGCAAGUAGAGUACGUAUUUGUCGUUCAUGUCCAACACUCCUGACUGUCUCUACAGGGAUCUCGGAGCAUGACAAUGAAGGACGAGUCAUUACGGCUGAAUUUGAAGACUUCUAUUUAGUAACAGCCUGUAAGUAUUUCAUAUCUUUGUCUCAUGGUAUAGUGUCUCAACUUCUCAACUCCCAAGAUUCAAUUAGUAAUUCCCCUUACUAACUGCCAUAAUUUUCCUUGUAUAUUAGACAGGGGAAUUUGGUUUCACUCAAUGAUAACACCCUCCAGCUGAUAAUCUUGUCUGUUCUCAUUUAGAUAUACCGAAUUCAGGAAGAGGACUUAAGAGGUAAUGUUGCUGUUUCUUUACCGUGAAAUCAUAUGGCAUCUGUAUGUAAAUGUUUCCCUUUAAAUUAAAUUUUGUUCUGUAUAAAACGCUCAAAAAUAUUUAGCCGUAUACUUUUGGGUUCCGCGAUUGAAAAUUGCAACGGAAGGUGCUUUCUACAAGCUAAAAAAAUAUCAUCGUUAGGCUGUAGAAUUUAAACUGACUUGCAGGUCGAUUUGACAUCACCGUAGUUUUUAAAAGAGGACAAAAAAAUGAUACAAAUUUGUUUGGCAACACUACAACAUUAAGGGAAUUUUAAUUGAGUCUCGAUAGUGAUCCGGUUUGCUUUGGAGUUACUGAAUUUUGUUUUGUGAUUGGUUCAGAAAACUCACGCCAUCCUCUCAACCAAUUAAAUGCAAAGCUGGAAACAAUCGCGACUUGGUCGCUCGCGUUUUCCCGCGCCUUAAGCAGUUUCCUUUUUUUCACUUUGUUCACUUCGAGUUCUCAUUGGCUAAUGAUGAUAUAAACCUUUGUUCUGAUUGACUGCUGGGAUUAAUUUGAUUUUGCUUUUCGAAAUUCAGUUGAAAACUGUUCUGAUUUGUGUUUAGGCUUGAGUAUCGCCAGGGCUGGGAUAAAGAUUUCAGAGAAUACCUUAAGGAACUGGACAAUAAGAAACCUGUUAUCCUGUGCGGAGACCUCAAUGUAGCUCAUAAGGAAAUAGGUAUGUAAUGCUUAUGGAGAUUCAUACUAUUGAGAGCAUUUGUUUGAAUUAUGGACCAGCCAUUUUUUAUCGCCAGGGGAGGUUUUUCGGGGUGGCGGAUCACACGGUUUUCAAGGGGGAACGGUGGGGAUCAGUCGUCGCCAACAGAGUAUCAGGAAGAAUAAAGAACCAGUGAGAAUUCAAAGUAAAAACAACCAAACUGCCUAAAACGCGGGAAAACGCGGGCGACCAAGUCGAAAUUGGUUCAAAUUUUGCAUCUCAUUGGCGGAGAGAGUGGCGUGAGUUUUCUGGACCAAUCACAGAGCGGAGUAGAGCAAAACCAAUGCGAUCCCGAAUUACUUUUCACACUUGAGUGAAAAUUGCUCUUAGCCUAUUAUGUUCAACACCAAUUGCUGUUUGUUUGCUUGUUUUUUUUUUAGAUCUAGCGAAUCCGAAAACAAACACAAAAACAGCAGGCUUCACCAAAGAAGAACGCCAAGAUUUCACUGAAUUGCUCGAAGAAGGUUUCGUCGAUUCUUUUCGUCAUUUUUAUCCCAACAAAACCAAGCAGUAUUCGUUUUGGUCUUACAUGAGGAACGCUCGCGCAAAGAAUGUUGGCUGGUACGUUGAAAAUUAUGCAAAGGUUAAAUAAGUUUUGUGUCGAAUCGAGAUUUUCUCACAGCCAUUUUGUGUUGCAGCUAUUUACAGUGUUUCGUUUUGUAGUAAUAUUGUAACGACGAACGUUCGUAUUUCCUCGUAAUGUAUUCAUAUUUUUUAUGUUUCGCUUCAAAGUUUUCCUUGAUUUGAAAUGUCUUAAACAUUUUAAUUUUUACUUUUCUCGUUUCAAAUUAACGCGCUUAUCUGAGACAAAUAAAAACAACAGUUAGACUGAUUUGGAAAACUUGUAAUCAAAAAAACGUUUAAACCAAUCUUUCGAAGUAAAAAGUUUUUCGUAGCUGCUGCACUUUUCUGCCGGAAACUUAGAACAUUAUCGACUUUGGCAAACAACUUGUGAAGGACACUUCCCUGAAACUUUUUACAAUUUCCUUGACACAACAUUAUCCCUAAAGGAGUAAGUUGGGAAUGUAUUGAUGUUAUGUGAACUAUUGUAAUUUCCUGACGGUGUACCAUUGAUAGCUGAAGUCAUUACUCUUUCCUUGUUGGAAACGGAAAACCUAAAACAAAGACAGAUUAACAGUCCAAUACCAAAACUUUGAAUACUUUAAUUUUAAACAUCACUAUUCAACUCGGCCAUGAUUUCACUAAGGAACGUCAGGAAGUCGCAUCCUUAAAUAAAAGUAUAGUAUUUGAUGUGGUUUGUUUUCUCUCAUUGUAGGCGCCUGGACUACUUUGUAGUUUCCGAGAGACUGGUGCCUAAGUUGUCCGAUAGUCUCAUCCGCAUGCGUGUUAAAGGGAGUGACCACUGCCCGGUUGUGUUACUGCUGGCCAUUUAGGCGCCACAGUGUGCAUGUUUGUGUAACUUUGCCGUGUGUCAAACAAUGGAACAAACCAUACCUCUGGGAAAUCUUUGGGAAUUAGCUUACUAUUGUAAUUAAAGUUUUAAUUUAGGAAUUUGUUACCGUUUUGCUCACAUUUGAGACAUUUGGAAACGCAUUUGUUAUGUUUUCAAUACAAAUGUUGUAAUUUUAAAGUAAUGUUAAAACACGUUUUUUAUCAAAUUGCUGAGUUAAGUAAUAUAAAGUAAAAUAAUUUUGUUUAAUAAAUUUUCACUGGAAUUCGCUGAGAGAUGAUUCCUUUUUGACUUAAAU